AUGUCGACUAAAAUAAAACAACUAGAUGAGCCAACUGAAUUGGCUUUAAUUGAAAAGGUCGAAUUGAAAUUAGCUUUAAUAAAUAGCCCCGCUAAAUAUUCUGAUCUUUUAAAUCUUUUGUUACCUCCUUAUCUACUAAAGUUGGCUUCGCCUUAUCCAAAUGUGAGAAAUGCUGUAUUAAAUGGUUUGAACGAUAUAGUUUCGAGAAUUAAAACGUAUCCAACUAUUAAAGUUCCAUGCUUAAAAUUGAUUCAGCAGGCCAAAUCUCCCAAAAUAAAUGAAGAUCAAGAUCCAGAGUUGGCUACCUUUUAUAGUUUGUUAUUAGCAGCAAAAGGCAUAGACAGAAUUGAUAGUGUUGAAGCAUGUUCUGUUUUAAUUUUAGAAUGUUUAAAUGGAAUUUCCGAUUUGUCUGCGAAAUCUGGUGCUCGUUUAUUUUCCAUUUUAUGCAAAUUGUUAUUAAGUUGGAAGUCACCUGCCCAAGAUUCAUUGGAAGAAGAAAAGUACAAAACCUUUUUCCGCCCACAAAAUGAAAAAGAUUUGGAUUUCGUUUUUAUUAAAUUUGUCAAGUUUUUUCUUCUAAUCCCAGCUAAACCAACUACAACAGGAGUAGUGCCAAGGGGUUAUACAUGUCCAGGUCUAUCUGCAAAUGACGUUUCUUUUUUCACUUAUGAUUCUGGACUAACAUUUACUAGAGAACAGCUCCGUACGUACAAACAGGCAAUUUUUGAUUUUGUAACAAGGGUUUUCCCAAUUAAUGAAACACAGCUAAUUGAAUUUUUAUCUGUUGUCUCAGUCGACAUUACAGACAUUUCUGAUAAAGCUACUUUGUUGCUCAGAAGGUUAAGUCCCCCAAAUGAGGAUCCAGCUUUUAUUAAUUUUUUAAUAAAUUUGUAUACAGGAAAUAAUAUAGAUGGGAUUCCACCUGUGCAAACCAGUUUACAAGUUAUGAUAAUCAACGUAUUGAACAAAAGCGUAUUUGCCACAAAAAACACCAAGGUUCAAUUAAUUAUUUCUAUUGCCUUAAAUUCCCAAGACUAUAAAUUGAGAUCACAAGGGUUAAAAUUCAUUCAGCAUGUAGGUAAACACAACUUUAUUGCUUUAGAGGCAAACCCUUCUAGCUCUGACUUCUCCAUGGACAUUGCAUCUUUGAUCAGAAACAAUUUGCAUACGGAUGGUUGGCCAACGUUGCAAUUGGGAGAAUCAACGCCUAACUUUAAUGUUGCUAUAGCACAAAGAAGAGCUCAAUAUGAAACAUUGGGAGAGAUUUUGAAAAAAAGAGAACUAAAAGAUUUAUCAUAUGUUGAAUUUUUAAUAAAAUCUCUUGAAGGUGAUCUUCCAGAUUUCACAUCAGCGCUUCAAAAUUCAUUAACAGGUCUUUCUACUAGCUUGAAGUCAUUGGAUGCCACACAUAAAGAAACUUUAAAAAUAUUAAUCAAAAAGUAUCUUAUAGAUGAUUCUAUGCUCUCGGACUAUUCUAUUAAACAGAGGGAUUCUUUAAUGUCGAUAAGAUUUGUUAUUUUAACUUUUGUCAAUUCAAUAUUUCCUUUUGAUGAUGCUGAGGCAAGGUUCUUUAAUGUUCUAGGCUCUUCGCGUAAUAAUAGAUUUGAUAUUAUUGAAGAAUCUACUAAGGGAUUAAACCCCUAUUGGUUUAAGUUAUUGUAUACUACCAGUUCAGCACCAAAGUUUAAAUCUUCCAAAAAAUUGUUUGGUGUUAAUGAUAAAGAAGUUAAAUUUCCCAACUUUGAAGAUUUUGUAAAACUUCUAUUGCAAGAAACGGUAAAUGCUGAAAAUAAUGAGUCGCAUCUUCUAAAAACUUCCUUGAAUACGGCUAUUAGAUUUUGUUUACAACUUUUGGUGUCAAACGUCACUUAUGGGGAGAAAAGUGUUAUUGUCCAGGAUCAGGACUGGUCAUUUAGAGUUGAAAAAGCAUUGAAUUUAAAUUUGCAGGUUAAAAACCUGUUGAAAAAAUAUUUGUGUAAAGUUAAUGGAGAGUGGUAUUUGAAACUCUUAACUUUGUUAAUGAAUGAACUUACUUCAUGUAACGGUAAGCAGUUGUUUUCCAAUGCAGACCCUAUUUUUGGUGCCUCAUUAUUGAUCUUCAUUCGUAAUUCUUCUGAUUUAGUUUUAGGAAAACUAAUUGAUUUUCCUGGGCAUUUGUGGGAAUAUGUGCAAACUUACAAGACCAUUGGCAAUCAGGAUUUCGAGAAUGCCUGUUCUAUACUUGGUAUUAUUGUAUCUUCAUCUCCAGAGACUUAUUGUCAAAUUUUACACAACAUAUUUUCAAAAUUGGACACGACGCCAAAUACGGAAGAUGAUUUUAUUCCUAUUAUAAGGGCUUCAUCAAGUAUAUUAGCAAGAUUUAAACUUAGGUCUAAUAAUGAGUUUGAUUCUUACACAGCAAGUUUAUUUCAAAUCUUAAACAAGUCUAUUGGACAGUCUAAAGCUUCUAAUAUGCCAGAUGUUCUACGCUCCAUAUCGGUUCUGGCUAAAUAUGGCUGUACUCAGCUUAUUGAUUCUGCUUUGCUCCAUUCGAUGGUGGAAAUUUUGAAAACAAAGAUAAUAGGUGAUGAUGACGCAUUGGUUGCUCUCACAUUCCUUUUGACUUCUAGUUGCUUUGAAGAUCGAGUUGAAUAUUAUUUCCUCGAAAUAUAUUUACCAACUGCACAGGCUUCUAAACAAACAGACUAUACUUUUGCUGUUGGUGAGGCUUUAACUGUUUUAUUGGGUAGAUGGGAGUCGUAUGUUUUAGCUAGUCAACUAGAUGUAGCUUCUGUUGAUUUGCUCUCUUUGAAGACCAAGUACCCACCAGUUGGUUGCUUUGCCACUAUUUUAGAUGAUAUUAUUGAAAAAAGUCGAGUAAUUACGUCACCAGCCAUGAUCAAGUCUUUUUGUAUUUGGUUGUUGUCUAUUGUCCAGUAUUUGGGCCAUUUACCUAUCGUCCAAGAACGUUCUAAAGAUAUCCAUGAAUGUUUUAUGGUAUUUUUGUCCCAGCGUGACGAAAUAGUCCAGGAAUCUGCAUCCAGAGGCUUGAGCACUGUAUAUGAAUUGGCUGAUGUAUCAUUUAAAGAAGAAAUGGUCAAAAGUUUGUUAAAAAUGUUUACUUCGACAACCACCCAACCGAAUGGAAAAAUCGAUAAAGAUACACAAUUAUUUAAUGAAGGUGUUUUAAAAACAGGAUCUGGAUCUGUUUCUACCUACAAAGAUAUUAUGAGUCUAGCCAACGAGGUUGGCGAUCCAUCUUUGGUUUAUAAAUUUAUGUCGUUGGCUAGGAGCGGAUCUUUGUGGGCUUCAAGAAAGGGGGUUGCAUUUGGAUUAGGCGCAAUUAUGUCCAAAACAUCCUUGGAGGAUUUACUUUUAAAAAACUCUAACAUGGCUAAAAGAUUACUUCCUAAAUUGUAUAGAUAUAGGUUUGAUCCAAAUGAGAGCGUUUCCAGAUCAAUGAAUGACAUUUGGAAAGCGUUGAUUUCCAAUUCCACUGAGACAAUCGACAUUUACUUUGAGUAUAUUUUGAGUGAACUUUUAAAGGGUAUGGGCAAUAAGGAAUGGAGAGUUCGUGAGGCCAGUACUGUUGGCUUAAGAGAAUUGAUCCAAACUUUUCCAAAGGAAAAGUAUUCUGAUAAUUUGGAAAAAAUAUGGACCAUGGCUUUUAGAACUAUGGAUGAUAUCAAAGAAAGUGUUAGGAAUGAGGGCAAUAAAUUGACCCGGGUUGUAUCUAACAUAUUUAUUCAUUCUCUGGAAACUUCCAGCCCUGAAAAGAUUAAGCAUAUUUUGAAUAUUUUACUACCCUUCUUAUUAAGUGAUAAGGGAUUAAAUAAUGCAGCAGAAGAAGUUCGUGAAUUUUCAUUAAAAACAUUAAUGAACUUGAUAAAAACCGCCAAGGGGGAAAUUAAGUCAUAUACCCCUAUGUUAGUCCAAGAGCUAUGCCUAUUGCUUUCUAGUUUAGAACCUCAAAUUGUAAAUUAUAUGGCACUAAAUGCAGAUAAAUAUAAUAUUAACAACACUUUGCUAGAUGCUAGGCGGGCACAUUCCGCUUCACAAUCACCUAUUGUUGAUACCAUUGAAAAAAUGAUUGACAGUUCUGAUGUUAGUGUACUAAGUGAUUUAGUUGAUGCUUCAAUAAAGACUAUUAAGUCUGCGGUUGGUUUGCCGUCAAAAGUUGGAUCUUCAAAGGUGAUUAAUUUAUUAGUGGAAAAAUACACCUUUGAUAUGGAACCAUAUUGCGGUAAAUUGCUAAAAGCUUGUCUAUCUAGUUUGCAAAGCAAUAAUGAGAUGAUUGGUUCCACUUUUGCAGUUACUAUUGGCUACUUGUUUAAAUUUGCGCCGUUAGAAAAAAUCAUAAAGUACUCUAAAAAGGCGGUCGAACUCUAUUUUGAAUCAAGUCAAGAAAAUGGCAAAUUAACCGUUGGAAUUUUGAUCCAGGCGAUUUUAAAUAAAGCACCAUCUCAAUAUGAAAAAGUUUCAUCUUUGUUUAUUCCCUUGGUAUUUUUGGCAAAAAAUGAUUCUACCAGCAAAAGAAUCAGAGGUAUAUUUGAAAAUAUUUGGACUGAAUCCUCGGGCUCUGAAUCAGGUACUAUUAAACUAUAUUUACCGGAAAUUACCGAAUUAAUCAGUGUCCAUAUUAAAUCUGCUGCCUUCAGUGUUAGACAAACUUGUUUGAAAAGUGUUAUUGAGGCAUGUUUAUACUUGGAUAAACACAGUGAUUUGGAGUCUGUAAAUAAAUUAUUUAAUAUUUUAUUUGCUUCAUCAGAAGGUAGGAUAUGGGACGGUAAAGAAAAAGUUUUUGAAGCUUUAGUUAAAUUAAGUAUUACUUUUGAGGAUUAUUAUAUUCAUGCUGCUGAUCCAUUGAAAACGCAGCUAGAAACCAAAUUAAAUGCCGAAAUUUUGCAAAAGAAGAACAAAUCAUAUAGUAUCAAAAUAAUUUCCAGCUAUUGCAAAUACUUGGAGCAAUAUCCGAAUGAACAAAUGCAAAAUUUAUUACUAGAACGUGCAGCUCUAUUUUUUGAAGAUUAUGACGGCAAUAUUGAUGAUGAAAAUGACACAACUUCCUCUUUGAGUAACGACAACGGUGUUUCUGUUUCAAAAAAGCAGAAAACUAACAGUAUUAUAUCUAAGAAAUCAACACAAAAGAACAUUGAUAAUGAAGUGCAAAGAAAUAACACCUUAAAAGAAAUUGCCUUGGCAACAAAGCGCUUACCCAAUGGGGAAAUAAAUUUACAAAUGGUCAAUUUUGUCAUCUGUUCAAUAAUAAGUUUCUUUGAAUCUGAGAAAAUUGAAUAUUCAUGGAGAUCUGAGAAAAGUUAUUGUGAAAUAACUUCAAUUUUGGUGGACAAUCUUUACAAAAAAGAUAUCGAUAAAGACCUCUUCAUUCAGAAAAGUUUAAAAUUUCAGGAAUUAUGGAACGUAUUAUACGCCAAAAUUUCCCGAACAGCAGUUAUUGAAAGUGUUAAACUUCAAUUGGUUAAAUGCGGGCUUAAGCUAUAUAGUUUGUGUGUUCCAUCGUUAUGCAAACAGAUUAAGAAAGAUCUAAACAAAUUAUACCAACUUGAACAGUCAUCCAUUGUAAGAGCUGAAUUAGAUAAAAAUGGCUUUAUGGGCUUUUCCCGCUAA